CCGAGAGCACGCGGAGACGGGGGUCAGGGUGUUAUGGCGCCGCCGCGUGCAAGAUAAGUGAUCUUACACAGUUUCUCCAGGACUGUUUCUACUUGUAGAAUUUCAUCGGAUCCCUUACUUUGAGUUGGCAUUCCAAAUCUAUUAAUGAGACAUUAGCUAAAAUGAAUAAUAAAAUAAGUUACUUGUUAAAUACUGUUAGAUGCAUGCCUAGGUGCAAUUCUGUGCUCACUCCCAAAUCUUCAGCCACGACAAGAAAACACAUUUUAUGGAUUGGCAGAUACAGGGAUCCCCUGGAAAAUGUGAACUUCAGGAAAUUGUUUGUAAAUAUUUUUCCUUCUCUGCAUGGAUCAUCUCUUCGAUUUCUAUCUCAGAAGACAGAUGUUUUUAACACAGGUGCUAAAAUACAACCAGAGAAGAGUAUGGAGGCUUUGGUAAGCGACCAGGCUCCCCACAGCUCCUUGGAACUUGAAAAGUUGGAUGAUUCUGGGAGCUUUAAAGUGAAGCAUGUAAUGGAUCAUAGUGAACCAUUUUUUAAUAGUCUCCAGAAAUGUACCUGCCCUUGCGAUGUACUGGACUUGGCUUCAGAGUCUGCUGUUUCCAUUAAGCACUUCACAAACUGUUUAACUACAGUAUGGAGGCUCCUCAAAAACCUGUCUGAAGACCAGCAGCGUUACGAGAAGCAGCUGAUCUUUGAGCACCCAGCUUUUGUCAAGCUUUGUCAGCAGCUGCUGCGGGACUCCAGAAGGAUGACGCGGGGUGACCUGGUGUUCAGUCUGCAUGCAGCAGUGAACAUAGGCGUUCCUCAGAAUACUCUCCUAGUCCAGACUUUGGUGAGGGUGUGCCAAGAGAAGCUCAAUCAACUUGAUAACCGAUGUAUCUCAGUUUUGGCAACUACUUUAGCAGGGCUGGAUAAAGACAAGAAUGUGAGCGCUCUUCAAGCUGGAUUACAAUUACUAGUGGAACAGCGCAUUCCAAGUAUCAGAGACAUCUUUAUACUGCAAAACCUGAUGAAAUGCCUGGGAAAAGAUGCUCCAGUCUUUCUGAAAAAGAAAUUAGAGAUGGCAGUUUUGAAAGAGAUUGACCAUCUGACUUUCCCGAAUGCUCUGCGUGUGUUUUUGGCUCUUGUUGCAAUGAAUUAUUGUUCCAUUCCAAUACUGAAUGCCUGCAGUAAAAAGAUCCAGGAGAAUGUCCACGAUGCUCCAUUUCGGCAGUUAAUUCUCAUUCUGGAAGGUUGUUAUAAUCUUCAGUACCGUAAUGUAAAAUUGUUUUCAGCAUUAGCAGACUAUGUUAGUUCUACUGCCUGCCUUUGGGACAAAAGACAGGUUGUCCUUUUUCUUUCUGCCUUCGAGACACUUUCCUUUCAGCCUAGUGAGCUGAUGGGUACUUUUGCUGAGAAGGUCACAGAAGACCCUGAAUUCCUCAACUUGAAAAACCUUCUGAUUGUUCUCCGAGUAUAUUCACGACUCAACUAUGUUCCCAGAAACCAAAAGCAUCUGUUUUUUGAGACUCUUCAUAGCUGUUUGAAUAAGUACCUCCCUCAGAUUUCCAACACAGAACUGCUGAAGGCAGUGUAUUCACUUAGCGUCUUGGGAUAUCUUCCUCAUCGUGCACUUGAUGAGCUGCUGCAAAAGGACAGCAGAGAUGAACUACUACUGCCAGAUGAUCUUUACAAAGAACAAAAGGAAAUGAUGCUUCGCUGCGUGAAAGCGUGUAUGGAACUUGAUAGCCCUUCCUUCACGAAGCCGGCAUUUGUGCUGACUGAGAAUUUCUCUUCAUUAGUAUCUCUUAAUCUCAGAAAGGCUCGGGAGGCACUGAUAGAACUUCUGGGAGAUGAGAACAUGUUUCGGCAAAAUGUUCAGCUGCCAUAUAAAUAUCAUAUUGAUUUUGAAAUCAGAAUGGAUUCAAACAGAAAGAAAGUGCUCCCAAUGCCUCCAAUAGAUGAUCACACUGACUCAAGUAUUCAAAGAUUGGCUAUUCUCUUUGUUCCUCUGUCUGCCUUCUGUGUGGGUACAACGCACCCCCAAGGAAAGCUGGCAAUGAAGAAGCGGCAUCUAAAUAAACUGGGCUAUCAUGUGAUUCUGGUCCUGAACAAGAAGUUUCAGGAAAUGACAAAGGAAGAUGCAGUUGAGUUUUUGAAAGGAAAAAUUUAUUUAGAAAAUACUUUCCCUUCUUCUGAAGUGACUGUGCAGGAUAAUAAUUAAAAUAAACUAACAAUUUUGGGUCUCCUGAUCUCUCUUUUUCAUAUGUAAUUAAUGUAAGGUUUUAAUGGAAGAGAGAAGCAAUUUUAUACACAGCUGCUUACUCCACAGUCAUCUGAAGGAUAUCCAUAUACAAAAGGGUGACAAGCUCAGAUCAUUGUCAUGUAUCACACAAUCAAUAACACACUGUGAGUAGGAUUUACAAAUGUAAGUUAUAUAGGAAAGUUCACUGGCUCAAGGAUGAUGUUAAACAUUGCAGGAUGUGUGAACAGAUCUAAAAUGAGAGCAAGAAACAGGAAGGCAGAAAACGUGGGCUGCAAGGGUCAAGAAGGCUCUUGCAUGAACAGAAAAUAAACUAGUACCAUCUGAGCAAAAAUGAAACAAAGUUUGUGAAGUAAUGCAGAAUGAGAACAGUGAGGGCUUGGAAAAACUAUUUGUUUCCAUAAGCAGCUGAAUUUGCAGACCCUGACAACCUGUAGUUAUCUCCUGCCUGGAUUCGCUUAUGUCUAAAAACACUUUUGAGCCCUAACUCCAGCCUUCUCAGGGUAUGAAAUAUUCCAGCCACUCAUUCAGAAGAAACAUCCAGAAACUCUUUAAAACUUCUACCUUGCUCUCAAAUUGUCCAAGAUGUUCAAAAGUGACUGGGAAAGAGGGACUAAAAGAACAUUGCAAGGGUUUGAUCUUUUGUUAAGAAAUCAGAAUCUAAAUAAACCGGAGCUUGGAA